AUGGUGACAGCCGACUGCGGUAAUGGCUCUGCUUGCGCGGCCAACUUCGGACCGUUUCAAGGACACAUGUCCCAGAAAGAGUUUGAUGAGCUGGGAUAUCCAAAGGUUCCGGACCACUGGACCAAAGAGUGGAUGCUGAGACAAAUCGAGCUGGAGAAGGUUGACCCACGGGUCAAUCCUAACCUUCUGCUUGAUGAGACGCACCAGGAAUUCUGGGACAACGCUUCUCGGAAGCCAUAUGCGAAAGCUAUUCUUAGAUCCGAGCAGCACUGGCUCCAACGGAGAAAGCUUUGGCUCCGCCAAUAUGAGCAAGUUGCGCUUGCCAACAUGAUUCGCGAAGAGCUAGCUGCAGAACUGGAAGCAUGCCCUCCCAGCGUAAAGCGGCAGGUUAUGCCUAUCCUGAAAUACAAGAUCACAGAAAUCGCGUUGACGAACAGUUUAAAUCUUGCUCGAGCACAGCGGCUUCCGCUAAGCGAAAUCCUUCAAAGACCCGAUCAGGUGCACCAGAUGCAGUCCCUUCGACUGAAGCUCGAAGACGGCGGCUCCCAAGUGGCUGAGCAGCUUUUGGAGGAAUACAACGCACGUGCCACGGACCGAAUACGCACAAACGCCACCAUCAAGCAAGAGGAGGAGAGAUCAAUGCCAGUGGUCUUGGAUUCCGACAGCAUGGCAAAGCUCAUGAACCAAGCGCAGAAGCUCCGAAAAGAUGGGUAUAUCGAAUGGCACAAAGGUGCCGUCGAGGAGGCUUUCCGUAGCUGGUGCGAAGCAGAAGCUCACCUGUACCGCAAACGACUGCCGGAGGGUGAUGCAGGAAAUGCCAUGGUCAGCGAUUUGCAUUGCAUUCUGCUGAAGAACAUUGCGCAGGCAGCCAUCAAGCUUGGGCAUUGGUCAGACGCUUUGCGAGCGUCAGAGGAUGCCCUCGCGAUAGACGACGAGGAUCCCAAAGCAUGGUUUCGACGUGCCUGUGCGUUGGAAGGCCUAGGACGCUAUCCAGAGGCAAAGGAGGCGCUGGAGCACAUCGAGUCACUUGCAGUGGGACGUCCUGAUCGUGCUCGCUUGGUUCGAGAUGUCGGCACCCGCCGCGAGCGGAUAGAUUCCUUGACGGUGAAGCACACGCAGACAGAGCGUCUCGCCAUGUGCAGAGCCCUGAAGCAGCGGGUGUUUGCAGAGGACACAGUUCCGCCCUUGGAGAUGACUGGCAGCCUGGAUCAGGUGCCGGACCAGGAGUCGGAAGAAGAUGAUCAAGAACUGCAGCAGCUCGAGGAAGAGCUGUUGCAGCUGGAAAUGGAAGAUGCAGCCCUGAAUGGCACUUCCCGUGCAGUCUCGAGUGUUGUUCCUGCGGUGACGAAAUGCUUUGCCGUUGGAGAUCGCGUGCAAGCACGGGAGAUGCUGGCAGACGUAGACGCGGGACACUGGGGCACAGUGGUCGAGGUGGACGGUGAUGGUGACAUCAAGGUGCUUUUCGACGGACAAGACGAGGCUCAGCUGAUCUUCAGCGUGGACUUCAGCAGCCUGCUGACGGAAAGUGCGGCCGGCUACAGCGCGGAGUCAUCCAGGAGUCGCGCGAGGCCUGGAGAUUUCUGCUUGACUCAUGACGGAGCAUCCGACCUCCUGGAUGUCUUGCUUUCCGCCUACCAAGACCCUGGGUUCCAGCAGCAAGUCGCCAAGCUGGCGCGAGAUGUGCGCUGGGAUGUGGAAAGCUUCAGGCGGCACCUGCCCAAGGUGGCGCUCGGCCCACAGAAGGAAGCGCUGCUCCGCUUCGGCUUCGAGGCUUCCCUGGAGGGCGCCGGCGCGGCGCAGCAGGCGUUGGAGGCCGCAAAAGCACAGGCUUCCACAAGGCAGCGUGUGGGAUUGCAGAAGCAAUCCGACGAUGUGACGAGGACACUCUUCGGUGAGAUGUACCGCGUCGCUUUCCCGAGCUCCGACGUGCGAAGUAGCCAGUCGGCUGAUGUGCAGUCCGCGGUGGUGGAAGCGGUGGAGGUGAGGCAUCUUUUCAAUGCUUGGGACGUGUUAGUUGAGUAUGCUGAUGGUGGAGAUGCUUCGGUCCCUACGGCCUCUGUUUCUCUGUCUUCCUUACGCACUCGUCAGGAAAAGUCUCGACGGCUUGUUGGAGCUGCCAAAGCUUUAUGUCCGCCGUGCGGUUGGCAAAGAAUCUGGCGAAUCUCUUGCGCAACGGAUGUGCUGUGGGACCGACAUGCCAUGCUUCACAAGCUUCCGGGAACAACAGACACCCUACCGUCUAUUGUAGCGGACGCGCAUGCCGCUGGGUUGUCCGCGCUUCCUGCUGCGGUCCUUGCCCGCAUCCUUCUCAGCUGCGAUCUGACGGGUCUCUGCUGCUUGGCAGCCGCAGCUUCCUUGUUUUGCUUGGGUUCUUCGGACGUCGGGGAAGCGAUGCCACUGCCCUGUGAGAAGGGUCCAGAUCGCUGGCUCUCCUUUGCCAGGGCAUCUCUGCUCUGGGCCGACCUCUUGGCGUCCUUGCACCUUGGCUCUGCCAAAGUCGCACAAAGGUUCCAGCAGCUGGCCCGGCAACCACGAGCAGCUCCGAGUGCGUGGAUCACAGGCAGCGGCCAAGCCACAGCCGCCUCGUUCUCAGCCUACAUGUCAGCCACGAUUACGGCGGAGGCGUCCUGUGCGGCCAUGUGCCCCGAUGCUGCUGGGCUCAUGGCCACGGGGCACGAGCACGGCAUCCGCUUGUGGGGAAUGCCGGAGAUGUCCAAGCUCGGCGUCAUCAGGACGCGAAGCCCCGUGGUGGCCCUUGAUCUGGGAAGGGCGGGAGACUUCCUGGCUGCCAUACAAACUGGGAGCCCUGUCUUGCUGCUGUGCAUGUGGGACCUCACAUCAGAGAUCGCUGGCCCAGGGCUUUCACCGCCACUUUGGUCCAUGAACGUGUCGUCGACUUCUCCCCUGAGUUUCGUUGGACGCUGUAUACUCAUAGCAAGUAUGAGACCAGGACUUGAAAUGCUGGAUGCCUCUGAUGGUGAGCGCAUCCAGUUCAUCGACCUGCCCGGGUGCCCUCAAGCCGCAUGUCGCUGUAUAGAGCCGCAGGAAUGGUGUUGCGAGGCUCCGUCUUCGCGCGCUGCCACAACAUGCAUGCUUUUGGCCGUGGGUUGCACGGUCCUUGCGAUUUCCGAGCACAGCGCUUCCACACAUGUACAGGGAAGCGACAUCCUUGCAUUUGUUGAGCCGGAGGAGAGAUGCGCCCAACUUGUGUCCUUGGGCGCUUCUAGUACCGAAGUGGCCGCAGCCACCGAGGACGGCCGGGUGCUUCUUUGGAGGUUGGUCGACCGAACAUUGCUUGCCAUUUUCCCUGCAUUUACCGUUCUUGAUUUCGAGAACUUGUCCUGGUCGGUUGGACAAGCAGAGAUGGCAUUCCCCGCGCAGCUCACACAAAUGGUGGUUUUAGAGGAGGUGCUUGUUGUUGCUUGUAAUCUGGGGCAGCCGGGUGACGCUUCUGCAGGCUGCGUGCUGACGGCUUGGCAUACGUCAACGGGCACGAGGUUGCCACAUCCCUGGCACCUGGCCGGGCCGCUGGAGGCCUCUGCCUCCCGUCACAGUUCGUCCAUCCCGGUCUUUCUCCCAGGCAGACUCGUCGGGUGCUCAGAAACUCGGCAGUGCCGCUUACAAGGCUAG